CACCACCACUCUCCUAUCUCUCUCUUCUAAACUGAAUUCAUUAAUGUGGUCCCACACCAUAACCCAACUUUACUGAACCUUCUCCCAAGUUUCUCAAACCACACGAUCACGAUACAAACAACAUAAUCAGAACCUUCUUUCUUCUCUAUAUAUAUGCCCACAACACUCACGCCUCAUACAGCAAAUCUCCCACACGUACUCUAAGCAAAGAAACAAGUUGAGAUCUUCUCAUAUCAGCUCACUCUCUUGUUGGUUUAUGAUACAAUGGGUCGAUUUGUGCUGGCUUGCUUUUUCUUGGCUCAAAUCUUGCUGGUCCAAGCAAUGGCUAUCAGAUCCGACGGUUCUGAGCUUAACCCACCAACUGUGGUGGUCCGAACCAGCGACAAGUCACACCCUGCGGCUUUUGAUCGUGCCAUAGCAGAUCCACCAUCGAGUAGUGAGUCGGCAUCGGAGGGAGAGGCACAAGCGCCGGAGAUCAGACGGCUGGGAAAGCAUCACUCGCCUGAUAAGUCGGUGGCUGGUGGUGGGGUCAUCAUUGGUGGACUCGUCACCGCCAUUUUCGCCGCUGUUUACUGCUACAUACGUGUCACCAGAAGAAAAGACGGAGAGGAGAAGCACUGAGAAAAGAUCUGUGUUUUGGGUGGUGACUCUGCUUUGAGUUUUGACCCGAACAUGAAAGCGAGUGUGGUAGUAUGUAAUGUUGAAAGGAAAUCUGUGAAUAAUAGAUUAGAAUCAUACACUUAAAAAUCUUAAUUAGUUUGUUCAUGUAAGGGUUAGGAAGUGUUUGUAAGGGAAAUACGAAUUGAGAAAUCUUUGAAAUUAGUUUCUAUUUUAGAUUGAAAUUACUUGAUUAA